ACCUUUGAAUGAAACAAGCAAUUACAAGGUUGAUAAUAAAGAAAACGGUCCAACAAAACCACAACACGUCAAUAUAACGCCUAAUCCUUAACGUCAACGCUCUCUCUCCAUCAUCUCACACCACAUUCCCCAACUUUCCACCUUCUCAACUUCAUCACCUCCAAAAUCCCCAAACUACCCCUCACUUCCCCUCACUCUCCUGCCCAUUCCAAGGGCAUUUUCGUCAUUUCACACCCCUCACCCUCUGUCCAAAUCUCCCACUUUCUCUCUCCUCCUUCUAAUUCUCCGCCAUCUCCACUUUCUCUCUCCUCCUUCAACCCACUUUCUCUCUCCUUAUCUGAUGCAGUCAACCAAAAGUCGCCGGAGAAUAUCUCCGGCAGACGGCGGCGACAACUCCUCCGGCGCCGAUAAACAAGACCAACUCCUCCUCUCCUCCGCCAUCUGCAACGGCGAAGACCUCUCUCCCUUCGUCAGGAAAGCUUUCGCCGCCGGAAAACCCGACUUCCUCCUCCACAACCUCAAAGCUUUUACUCGUUCCAAGGAAUCGGAGAUCGAAGAAGUUUGCAAAGCUCACUACCAAGACUUCAUUCUUGCAGUCGAUGAUCUUCGCUCACUUCUCUCCGAUGUCGAUGAUCUGAAAUCGUCACUUUCGUUGUCGAACGCGCAUCUUCAGUCAGUUGCGCAGCCAUUGUUGAGUUCUCUCGAUGCUUUUAUUGAAGCGAGGAAUGUUAACAAUAAUUUGUUGAUGUGUUUGGGGUCUGUUAAGAUCUGCGUUGAGAUUGUCGAGCUUUGUGCGCGGAGUAACGCGCAUAUUAAGAAUGAUCAGUUGUAUUUGGCGCUGCGAUGUGUUGAUCAGAUUGAGAGGAAUUUGUUGAAGAUUGCGCCGUCUUCGACGUUGAAGAGGAUGCUGGAGAAGCAUAUUCCGGCGGUUAGGGUUUAUGUUGAAAAGAAAGCGAAUAAAGAAUUUGGGGAUUGGCUUGUUGAGAUUCGAGCUGUGAGUAGGAAUUUAGGGCAGUUUGCGAUUGGACAAGCGUCUUCGGCUCGGCAAAGGGAGGAGGAGUUGAGGAUGAAGCAGCGACAAGCGGAGGAGCAGUCGAGGUUGAGUGUUAGGGAUUGUGUUUAUGCGUUGGAGGAAGAAGAUGAUGGAUUGGAUCUUGAGUUGGAGAGAGAAAAUGGUGGUGGAAAUGUCAAUGGAGGAAGUUUAGGGUUUGAUCUAACGCCGUUGUAUAGGGCAUUUCAUAUUCAUCAAUCGUUGGGAGCUGAAGAUCGGUUUAAGCAUUAUUAUUUCGAAACUCGAAAGUUGCAAUUGACUUCUGAUUUUCAGGUAUCUUCUAUGACACCGUUUUUAGAGUCACAUCAAACUUUUUUUGCGCAAAUUGCUGGGUUUUUCAUUGUUGAGGAUAGGGUUUUGAGGACUGGUGGGGGGUUGAUUACGAAAUGGGAGGUUGAGAAUUUGUGGGAAUUGGCUAUUAGUAAGAUGUGUUCUGUGUUAGAGGAUCAGUUUUCGCGAAUGCAAACCGCGAAUCAUUUGUUGUUGAUCAAGGAUUAUGUAAGUUUGCUUGGGGUUUCGUUGAGGAGGUUCGGGUAUCCGGUUGAUGCUUUGCUUGAUGUGUUGAGUAAGCAUAGGGAUAAGUAUCAUGAAUUGUUGUUAUCGGAUUGUCGUAAGCAGAUUACUGAUGCGGUCAAUGCUGAUAAGUUUGAGCAAAUGUUGAUGAAGAAAGAGUACGAGUAUUCUAUGAAUGUGUUAGCUUUUCAAUUGCAGACUUCGGAUAUUACCCCGGCUUUUCCUUAUGUGGCUCCUUUUUCGACUACUGUGCCUGAUUGUUGUCGAAUUGUGAGGUCGUUUAUUGAGGAUUCUGUGAGUUUUAUGUCAUAUGGUGGGCAGUUGGAUUCUUAUGAUGUGGUUAAGAAGUAUUUGGAUAGAUUGUUGAGUGAGGUCCUUGAUGAGGCUCUAGUUAAGUUAAUUAAGACUUCUGUGUUUGGUGUUUCGCAAGCUAUGCAAGUUGCUGCGAAUAUGGCAGUGUUUGAGCGAGCCUGUGAUUUCUUCUUUAAGCAUGCUGCUCAGCUCUCAGGCAUACCUUUGAGAAUGGCAGAUAGAGGAAAGAGGCUGUUCCCGUUAAAGAAGUCUCGUGAUGCAGCAGAAGAAAUGCUUGCUGGGAUGAUUAAGGUUAAGAUAGAUGGUUUUAUGUCACUGAUGGAGAAUGUUAAUUGGCUGGGUGACGAGCCUCUUCAGGGCGGUAAUGAGUAUGUGAAUGAGGUUAUAAUAUUCCUGGAGACUCUGGUUUCGACUGCUCAGCAGAUAUUACCCCCACAAGUUCUUAAGAGGGUUCUGCAGGAUGUAAUGUCUCAUAUAUCUGGAAAGAUUAUCGGUGCUUUGAUGGGAGAUUUAGUGAAGAGGUUUAAUGUGAAUGCAAUUACAGGGCUCGACAUUGAUAUUCAGUUAUUAGAGUCAUUUGCAGAAAGUCAGAGAUCUAUUCUCUCCGAAGCUGAAGCAAAUGAGCUAAAAUUAGGCCUUGCUGAGUCGAGGCAGUUGGUUAAUUUGCUUUUAAGCAAUAACCCGGAGAACUUCCUAAAUCCUGUUAUCAGGGAAAAAACUUACAAUGCUUUGGACUACAGGAAAGUUGUAACCAUUUCCGAGAAACUAAGGGAUCCUUCAGAUAGGAGCUUUUUCGCCACCAGGGGAGCUAAGCCGAAUCCCAAAAGGAAGUCUCUGGACGCGUUGAUAAAAAGGCUAAGGGAGGUUAGCUGAUUUGACGUAGACCUGUAAGUAGCCAAUUGCUUUAUUUUGAGGGGUGUUUAUGGUUCUUGUUUCUUGAUAGUUGUUCAUUGCUAACAUGCAGAUCCAAUAAUCAUAUUAUUGUUUGUAAAAUCAUGUUUGAUAUUUUAUCCUGUAUGUAGUUUUCGAUACCUACAUUUUGAUGUUGUAUUUUAUUCAUUGAAAGAAUAGUGAGAUUUAUUUCUGAUCUUCAACUUCAAAAGGCACUUCUUUUUCA